GCGUUUUGUUAGGGAUUUUUAUGAAUGUUCCCGAAACAAUGAUGCAACCAUCCCCGCAUUUGAACAGUUCAUUCACUUGUUUCGGCUUACUGAAUGUUGUUAGUGGCGCAGAACCCAGGAAAAGUCAACGGAGAAGCCCGAAGUACUAGCACGUGCAUUAAUAUAUCUUAUUGAGUGUUCCUGAAAGACGCACCAUGCUGCCUUGUUGAGAACAUCAGCCGUGCUGAUAAGAGAUAUUCAAAUAACCAGAAGGUGGUUAAUGAACACUGAGUGAGGCGGUAAACCAUCAGCAUCUUCAGUUUCUUUAAUGUCUCUGAUGGGUCAUAAAUACGGAAGCCAAGUAUCGGUUGGACCAUUUCUGCAAACUAACACGUUUUCUGUUUCACUUCCUGCGUUUGGUCAUAGACCGGUAUAUUCAGGGCUAGCUGAAGCAAAUUCCCUAAUUGAAACACUACAACCUCCGUCUUCCUGAAUGGUGUAGCAACCGUUUGUCGCGGAAGACCGGAUCUGUGGGAUGUCAGUUUGUUCUUUGAAUAAGUACUUUAGCCAUGGCGAGAAGUGAAGGUGUGAACCAGGAGCUCACUGUGGUCCUGAACCAGCUGUGGAGUCUGGACACCAACCGUCUGAAACCUGGAACUGACUACACCAUCGCUCUGCAGGGUAAGGCCGGUUAUGUGGCCAAGGGCAGUAACCAGGCCAGAGACAACGCCAGAGCUCCUCUGUUUUCUUACGUUAACGAAAAUAAACUGAAAAGCAUCAAGACCUAUUCCUUGUUCAUGAGUCUCCUGGACAACUAUGAACCAUCUACCGGCGUGUCGGAGACCGAGACCACGGAGGAACUGAUGGAGAACCAACUGUUCCUCAACGCUGUUUUGGAGACGGAACUCAUGAAGUGUGCUCACGGGUACCUGGUGAGUAAAGGUCAGUCCCCAUCAGACCAGCUGCAGUUUAAGAAACAACUGUACGACAUCUGGUUUAAACUCUACCAUCGGGACAGGAGUGGAGGCGAGGAUUCGUGUGGGUUUGAACAUGUGUUUGUUGGCGAGACCAAAUAUGGGAAGGAGAUCAUCGGUUUCCACAACUGGGUUCAGUUCUACCUGCAGGAGAAGCAGGGUCAAGUGGACUACAAGGGCUACAAGGCCCAGGAAGAGAAGAGCACUCCAGAUGAGGAUGACCACAUUCUGAACCUUCAGUUCAGCUGGAAGGGGUUUGUUAAGCCUGUGGGAAGCUCUUUCAUCGGGGUCAGCCCAGAGUUUGAAGUUGCCCUCUUCACAAUCAUCUUCCUCAGGUCCACUGAGAAGGUAACCACGGUGAAAGUGAAGGUGGAUGAGUAUCUCCUGGAGGUGGUGGUGUGUCGACACGGGCGCGCCAUCGGGACCUCUUACCCCAAGCUACUCAGCAGCAACAACAGGGACCUGUAGGGUGGAAUUCUGGGUAUCCUGAUGAAGUCAAAGGCUGCAUCCUGUACAGCCCAGAGGGCUCUGGUCUAAAGUAAAGUUUCCCAAAACUCUGUCCCAAGGGAUCCCUAAGGGGAACAUUAAGUAUCUGUCCAAAAAGAGUACAAAGCUGAUUAAUUUAUUCAGCAUGUGAUUUAUCUUUGUCUAAUUUAAUGAUCUGUGACAGGAUAUGACAACAGCAUACAGGGCCAGCAGACUCACUGUUGCAGCAGAAAAUGUGGUGCCAUUUUUGUUCUUUGUGUUAGAAGCUAUGAAAUAAAAAUUACUCAGAAUGGCUUCA